CAGUGCCACAGUUGAUCUGAUGCGUCUUGAACGCAUGGAGCAGGUUUUGUCUGCGGGAACAGAGGAGAGCGCGGAGUCUGCACGUGAUAGAUAACCGGUGCCGGUGGACGAGGGCGGUCAUGUGGUGUUGGAGGAAACCGAGGCACAGACUUCAGAAUGCCACAGGCUGUGUCUCUGCUGCCCGUCCUGCUGGCGCUCAUGGGAUACGUUGCAGGGCUGAGUAUCUGGCCCUCGCUCCACGUGGCCCUCAGUAAUGCCAGUGUGUUUGUGGAGUUCAGCAUCAAAUCCAACAGCAGCCGCGUCCGCAACACGAGCCUCUCUCUGAUCAACACUGAAACCAACAGCACCCUGCAGACCCAGAAUCUCCCCAACAACCCACUGUCAGGCAGGGUGGAGUUCGACUGCUCCUGCUUCCUGUAUGCAGGGACGUUCAGGUUCCUGCUGAGGCACAGCAGCAGCACCACUGCUGUCUCUCAUGCCAACAGCACAGAGGUCAGCACCACCUGGUGGUGGAGUUCCGAACUACAGGUGCAGUGGCCGACCUUUCACCUCGCAGUGGAGAGGGAUGGAAACCACUUUGGAUCUUUUCAGGUCGGAAUAUCGACCAGUGAAUACUUUCAGGCUUGUUCACACGGCCUGGACUCGGCUCUCCUGCUGGAGGUCAGCUACAUGGAGUACAACCAGAUUGGGCGAAACAGCAUCGACAAAGUCAGAGCUCGCACGCGACACCCGAUCAAACCCCUGCGCUCCCAGAGCCUCGUGCUGCCGUGUGCCUUCCCUUUCACAGAGAGAGACUUCAUACGUGUGGCGUUGCUUUCUCCACAUACGUCACAGGAGGUGAAGAGCUCUGGACCGCUCUACCUGUCACGCAUCUUCUCCUACAAACUGCAGGUGGAAAACCCCAACGCUUACAAGAGCGGCUGUGAAGGGACCUUGUCUGUGAAACUGAUCACGCCACCGUGUGCUCACAUCAGUGGGAAAGUGUUGCUGUAUAAGGACGUGGGUGUAACACCUGGAGCAGGUGGAACAGCGCUGACGGGCUUUGGUGCAGAGGAGCCGUCCUCUCCUCCUCUGGCCUUUAACUGGCUGACCCAGGGAGAGAACGAGACCGAGUUCAACUGCUCCGUGUUUGACCCGGGAAGGAACAAGUACUGCUUUCGCUUUGUUUUCAACUACAGCCGCUCGCCGAGUCCAGCACAGAUGUGUUUGGUGGUUCAGAGGAGUGAAGAAUCCUGGGGCCCCUGGCAGCCGUGGACUGUGUGCAGCGUGAGCUGUGGAGAGGGGGUGAGGGAACGAACACGCGAGUGUUUGCUGCCCUCGAGCGUGGGAGGGAUUCAGUGCACGGGCAUGGUGAAGGAACAGUCCCUGUGCUCACUGGAGGACUGUGUUGUCUUGCCUGAUCCUUCUCCGUCCCUUCCUCCUAUAACGGUUGGCGGUGCACCCCUGGGUGGGAACAUGGUGGUCGUGGCCGGUAUCUCCCUCUGCCUGGCUGUGAUUAUAGCGACCAUCGUGGUGACCGUGUGGAGGAAACUCUGCCAGACCCCUCAGUGUAGCUCUGUCCGCAGAGGCUCCACACAUUCCCCCGGAGGACGCAAGCUGUCCGAUGAGGCCUCCAUCUGUGGACACAGCCUCCAGAGACCCAGUCUGACAGACGGCCAUGGAAAACCAGGGAGCAUGGAUGUGGGCGUGGCCCAAAAAGACGGCCCUUUCCUGGGCAGUCAGCCUCUGCCACAGACCCUGGUGAUUCCUCUGUCACAGGACCCAGAACGGCUGUCUCCCUCAGGUCAGAAGAUGUUGCCGCCUUCGUUUGGGUACCGACUGGCUCAGCAGCAGCUGAAAGAAAUGAAAAAGAAAGGCUUGAAGGAGGCCACACAGCUGUACCACGUCUCCUCAAGCCCAGUCCACGACACCGUGACGGAGACGUCUGCUUUACCCACCAGCUCCACAGUCCCUGCUCCAGCUGGAUUCACUCACUCUGCACUUCACUCUGCCCUCGCAUUGAGCCCCCUGGACGACACCAACCACAGUCACUUCCGUAUUGCUGCUCCCUUCUCUGAGCCACCGGCUCAGACUUCAAGGCUCACACCAGACAGACUGAGUCCCAGAGUGGAGGUGGUCUCUGCAAAUGGGGGCAGCUCAAAAUGGCGUGAACGCACUGCCCAGUGGGUGGAGAUGGUGGAGAGGAGCGGAUUAGCAGGAGUCAGAGGAGGAGGAGGAGGAGGAGCAGGAGGAGACGUAUCAACGGGCAACUUCAAUCACAAGAAUCCACACUUUCGCCGGACGUCCAGUUUCAAUGACAGCAAAUACCAGAGUCCACAGUCAGCACAGUCCAGAUACUUCAGAGAACGCAGCAUGACCCAGGUGGGAUCUCGGACUCUACCUGAGGGAAGUAGUUGGACCAGAGGAGGAUGGGAGAGGCAGCCGUAUCACUCGUACCCCAUCCCAGAGCACGGGCCUUCAGAGUGGACUAAACCCAGACCCCAGAGAAAUGAGCAGAAGAAACCCUGGUUAGAGACCUCUGCUCCCUCUCACAACAGUGAGCUCAGACACACUGGAACAAACACAAACAGCACUUCAGCAUCUGGAGAGAGGCAGAGGAGCGGCGAGCCAGAAAGGGGAGGGAAACAGGGCAUCUCAGGGAUUGGGGGUCCAGCCACUGGGCCUGCUAACUCUCUUGGAGUGAACCAGCUGGGCGUAGAGCGGGCUGAGCAGAACUGGAACCGUCGCGGGCCGUCACCGAUCCAGAGGAACAUCCUGGCCCGCAAGUUAAAGGAGGCUCAGUCUGGCUCUGGGGUUAAAGGUCGGCAGCGGAGCUCCACCUUCAGUGCAUCAUCGUCUGAGCAGAGCAAAGGUCACUGCCGCUCUCUGCCAAUGUCUGCAGACGACAGCCGCAGUGUCGGCUCGCCUUUUAGACUCAGCGAGGCUGAGCAGAGGAUGCUGGACAUAGACGUGUCCUCGUCAUUUGUCGGUGACGAGUGAAUUACAAUCGUUUGUAGCACUUAAAUCUCCUAAAUCCUGUUACAUCUGUGACUGUAACCUGAUAUUAACAGUGUUUGGACGUGUGACUAUUACGCCAGCAGGGACUGGAAUAACUUAUUAUUAUUAUUAGAUAAACAAAUACAGUACUUUAACAUGGAGCUGGUCCCCUGUUGUUGGAGCUACAACAGCCUCCACACUUCUGAGGUUAGGCACUGAGAAGACCUGGAUCACUAUCUCUGUUCCAGUCCAUCCUAAAGGUGCUCGAUGGGGUUGACGUCAUGUUGGAGCAGAAUAUCACCUUCUUCUGGAAACUGGAAGCAUAGCAUUGUCCAAAAUGUCUUUAUGCUUAAGUGUUAAGAUUGUUCUUCACUAGAGAGAAGUCUGAUUUAAACACCUUGAUUCAAUACUUGUCCAUAUAGUGUAUUAAGUUUAACUUUUUAUUGUUUGUUUAUUGUCUAACAUUUUAUUGUAACAUCUAUUUUUGUUGACCAGAAAAUGGAUUUCUGCCUCCAAGACACUGGAGUAGUUUUCUUUAUGUAGCAACAAUAUUUAGUACGAGAUAAAUAUUUGUAUUUAAAUCACAAAAAGGAGGCGUUAUUGUUCUCUGCUACUGAAUGUGAGCUUUGUGUUACGCUGUUUGUGUGAUCUGCGCCGUGUCAAAGUUGUUUCAUGUAUUUUUUGAUACAGAACGCAUAAAUAAGUCGUUGUUGAAUAUAUGAACACGAGCGUGGGUGGAA